UAUUCGUGACUGGUGUCACCGAAAGAUCUUCUUCAGAGCACCAAAACACAAAACACACUCCCUCCAUCAUCUAUCUGCACCUCCCCUGUGCUACAAACAAGCUUUGAGACCAAUAAGUCGAUCAUUAUCCUCUCAAUUACUGUACCAUGUUGCUACUAGCCAAUGUCUCUACUAGAAUUGUGACGAGACGUAGAUUGGUAAUAAGAUCCAUUAGCAAGCGCUCCAUAUCCAGCACUCACAUUCAUCUGCAUCUUGGUCAUCACACGCCCGAUCGUUCCGAACUCCCUCCUCGAGAAGACGAUGGGUCCCAACGAGGCGUGGCAUUGAUUGUAGGCGCCGGCGAUGCUCUGGGUUCUGCCUUGGCACACAAAUUUGCCAAGGAAGGUCUCGUGGUUGCCGUGGUGAGACGUGAUGCCUCCAAACUCGACUUGCUCAAGAUGGAUAUUGAAAGCCAAAACAGCGACAACAAUCAUCUACAGGCACCAUUGUUUCGUUGUGAAACGUUUCCAGCCGACGCCCGAAAAGAAGAUCAAAUGGAACAAGUGGUCGAACGCAUCGAGAAUACCGUGGGACCCAUUCAAGUGGCCAUUCACAACAUUGGUGCCAACGUGCGCUUUUCCAUUUUGGAUCCAUCCAUGACGGCCAACAAGUACUUUAAAGUGUGGGAAAUGGCGGCUCUUUCGGCCUUUGUAAUGGGUCGCGCUGUAGCCGCUAAAAUGCAACCUCGUGGCAGCGGUUCUAUUUUGUUUACGGGGGCGACAUCAUCCGUGCGUGGCAGUUCGCACUUUUGCGCCUUUGCCGGAGCCAUGCAUGCCAAACGAGCCUUGGCACAAAGCAUGGCACGGGAGUUGGGACCGCAGGGCAUUCAUGUGGCACAUGUCCUGAUUGAUGGAGGCAUUCAGACCGAGUUUGUAAAACGGAUUAUUGGAGACGACAAGUAUCAAAAAGCAGUGGAAAUCGAUGGAUUGUUAGAGCCCGAAGCGAUUGCGGAAAACUAUUGGAACCUGCAUCAACAACCGAGAGUGGCAUGGACCCAUGAACUCGAUUUGCGACCGUGGAUUGAAAAAUGGUAGUGCGUUAGCAUUCUAAAGUUACGCCUUUGCUUCUAUGUUCAGCCGAUAGGCAUCCGCCGGUUCAACGCUAGUAACAUCAGUUCCCGUCAUCCAUCCAUGCCGCUCUAGUUCCUCUUUCAACUCUGGAAACGUCUCUUGGACAGUCUGAUACGAAUGUUUGAUUGCCGAUAGAUGAUGAUGAUCUGCAUGUGUUUCGCCCAGUUGUCCCUCGUGAUGUAGUAGAUACGCAUGAAGCAUUCCUUUGAUCAGAUCCUCUCCCGUGGCAUGUUCCUGAAAUACCAAAUGGAUCCUCCCCGUUGUAAUAUUCAACAAGUAGGCUUCGUCCUGCAACAACUCGUAAAGCUGUUGAAAGUCUUGUACUGGGCCAGGACACAGAGCCUCCAAGGAAGAGCCAAUGGAAAGCCACGAAUGAGCGUCAUCCGGGCUUGAAAAAGAGAGAGGAAAAUACUGUUCUCGGCCCGCCACUUGAGAGGGUGUCAGCACUGCUCUUGUGAAUUGUGCUUGAUCUUUCGUGUUGUUGUUGCUGUUGUUGCUGCUAUUACUGCAAUAUUCGGAAAGCACCCAAUGGAGCCGAUGUCGAUUGAAACGUCUCAAUGGGACAGCCUUGAGACUCAAAUAGUUGCAUCCCUGAUGAAUUGCACUCAAGACACAAAAUCCGACAACAAAGUUGGUGGCAUCGUGAUGCAAUACCACGGUCGACAACCCAAUGCCCAAUGCGGUCCCGACCAAUCCGGCCCCCAUGGAUUGCGUUCCACUUUUGGCCGUGACAUCGGCUAGAUUUCCUUGCCGCGCCAGAGAUUGAUGAAUGGCGGCGCGACUGGCACUGGCCGUCAAGAAUCCGAUAUUCUUUCCAAUAUUGGCAACACACGCUAACGGCAAGACCCACGUGGACAGUACAAAGGGCGACAAUAUUUCCAACAAACUGGCACCAUCCAAACAGAGGGCCGCCAGCAUUCUCAAUCGUUUGGGAUCGGAAUCGAAUUUCUUGGUGUGUCCCAUGCGACUGGCAAAAAUGACACCCCCGAGUUGUCCAAUGCCAUCUUUGAGGACCCAAUUCAAUGCACCGGCCAUGAUGGAAGCAUUGUUGUGCGAGGAUGCUCCCACCACUCCCACGGCCAAUAGCAGUGUUUGGGUACUCAAUACCAUGGCAGCACUUCCCGCCGCCGAAGCGGAAAAUGCCAAUAUACUGAAUUUUGCAUAGCCCGGUGCGACACUGUGUGGAUAGUGUGCGGG